GUCGGUAAGGACUUUAGUGACACUUGUGUGUCUGUUUGUCCGGAUUAAUUCAGUCUCCAUGGCACAGCAAUUAUCAAACAAAAGCGUGAUUAUUGUUCGCUUGAAUGACAAUGGAAAUUGACAACAUUCCAGCACAAUUCAAUGUCUGAAACACAAUAAUGCCGACUCAGUGUAAUAGAUGAAGAAGAGUGCUUCGCAUUCGGCUUCUAUUUAGCGAUAUAUUUGCCGGUAGUCGCUGAUUUACUGAAGACAGAAGAGAUGUUCAUCACGGUGAGAUAUGGAGAUUGUCAAGAAGCUCUUUUUAACCCAAAUUGCAUGACCAAGGUUCUUCUAGAGGACAUCAAGAAAAGAUGUCGCCGUGACCGAGACGAAAUAAUUGACUUGUCAGACGAAUCGGGUAAUCUGAAAAAUCUUCUGGAACACAAGGGUGAAUAUGCCACACAACUACUGAAGGCUAGGCAUUCGUUUAUUCUCAUAAAAGUUGACAAAAAAGAAGGAGAAGAUGUAUCAACGUACACGCCAUUGCUCAAUGACAUCAAGACAAUAACAUCAUCAUUUCUGCAACACCUAACCAGGCCUCAAAGCAGCCUCAGUAGCACCACACCACCGAGUCGCCAGGGAAGACGCAAAUCAAGUGGAAACUGGAUGAAGGCAAGAACAAGUUUAGCUUUGAGUGGUGAACUGAAAAAGAGAGGAAGAAACAAAAAGUGACAAGGACUGUUAUAAAAUUUAUAAUCUUAAUAAUUUCACUAUGUGGAGCAAAAAGUGUGUAGAACAUUUAUUUUUUUACCCUACAUAUUAAUCUGAUAAUUUUGAAAUAUAUUGUUCUAUUUAUUGACUGUUAAGUGCUGUUGGGCAGUGUUGGAACAGCGCUAUAUAAAUUAUUUUUAUUAUGAGUGUUAAAUUUAUUACAUCUUAGUUACAAAUAAUCCCUCAAUUAACAAGCGAUCUGCUUUUCCUUUUGUAUUGUAUUUUAUUGCUGUGUGUCUAGAUAGCUCUCUCCCCUGCUUAGGGGAGAAUGAGAGAAAAAGAGAGGCAGAAAUAUGGAUAAACACCCUCCCCACCCGCAUAUCCCCUAUCGGGCAAUUCAUGUUCAUCCGGGGUGGAAUAUACUGAAUAUAAAAUCAGGGGUCUUUGGUCCCAUUGACGAGGUACUCGUCAAAAAGGGUUUCAAAACUAUGACAGUGUCUUUGUUCGGGGCAAACAAAGGGGCAGUAAUCACAAAGAUUGUCGUAUCCAACGAGUUUUCAGAUAAAAAAUUGUUUGGGCCUUUGUUCGCGCCCAAAUGAGUAGGGUGGCUGUAUUAACCUGGCCUCAUAGGGCGUGUCCAUUGUACCAGUAGUGACAAUGUCUCUGUCAAUAGUCGAUUUUUGUCAGGACAAUGUCAAAAUGAAACUUAAAUAAGCGGGCUAAAAGCUUUGAAUCCACAGAGAUGUAAAUAAAGGUUGAGUUUUAAUCACGGAUUAGUUUGAUCGGAUAUGGAACUAAUGGGUACUGCGAAUACCCAUUCACAUCCCCAGUGUUUUUUUUUUUUCUCAGAUGUAGUCAUUCAUAUGAAUUUGGUACCACCCUAAUCAUAACACAGCCAAGGAAUUUUAUAAAUCUUUCACUGCUUGCGUAGUUUCAAAUGUCAGUAUUUUAUUCUUUUCGAAAAAUACAUUAGAGCGUCUAUUUUAACACAAAUAUAUUUUAAUAAUACGUUUGUAUAUUUCAACAAGCUGUGAAUUCAUGAAAUAAAAAGAAGAGGUUUAGUAA